AAUGUCGAGUUAUUUUACAUGGAUAACAAUUGUGUGGAGUGGAAAGAAAAAAAAUAUUUAGAUCUCGAUUUAGAUUAUUUGGAAAGACGAGUGGGUGAUACGAUAGGGGUUGAGAAUGUCGACAGUGGGUCUAAAGAAGAAGAUAGUCCUGCUGAUAGUCUCGAUCGUGUUAAAGUUAUUUUUCUAGGAGCACCCGGUGUUGGAAAGUCAAGCAUCAUUCGUCAAUUUGUGUGGAAUGAAUUUUUGGAAGAUUAUCGUCCGACAGAAAGACGGGAGACAUUUUAUCCCAGUGUCGUCCACGCUGAUCGUCUUUACGAGCUUAAAAUAACGGAUUUACCAACGAUUCCGUACUUUCCUGUCAGUACACAUUUAGAGUGGACGGAUUUUAGGUAUUACGGACUUAGAAGUGCGACGGCUUAUGUUCUUGUAUUUGAUUUAAGUAAUCAAGAUACGUUCCAGUAUAUAAGGACGCUGAGAGAACAAAUGUAUGAGGCACGUGACAUGAGAGGUGUUCCGUUGCUAGUUGUGGGUAAUAAACAAGACAAAUUGUCGGCGGUCGUUGCCUCUGGGGCACGAUACCGUGAUAUUGUUAAUCUUGUAAGGAAACACUGGAGAUGUGGAUACGUUGAAUGCAGCGCACGAUUUAAUUGCCGUGUUGUACAGGUAUUCCGUGAAUUAAUGAAAAGCAUCCAAGCCGUCGAGGGAACGACGCCCUCCCCAACGCCUACAGCUUCUCAUCUAAACCAACAACUACGAUCAGCGCACACUUCCCGCAACAGCAACGACAAGUGUGUAAUCAUUUGACAAAGAGCGAGAUCUUGUCCUUCGCCCGAUAAAAAGUAUCGCGCAAAACUUAAAGAAAACAAGACACUACAAAACUUACGAUGCCAAAUAUUUAAUUAAUUAAUAAACAUAAAUAUUCCACGUUACUUAAUUAUUUGUUAUUUUUUUUAGAACGUGCCAAUGGGUUUUCAAACCCAG